AUGGCUCUUGUUUUGAGGUAUGUUGAUAAGAAUGGUGAAGUUGUAGAACGAUUUAUCGGUCUUGUCCAUGUUAGUGAUACAUCGGCAUGCUCAUUGAAGAAAGAAAUUUAUUCUUUGCUUUCCGAUCACUCAUUAAGUCCAUCCAAAAUACGUGGACAAGGUUAUGAUGGAGCUAGUAAUAUGAAAGGAGAGAUAAAUGUUGAAGACUUUUUUGAUCAUGUUACUAAUGUGUUGAAUGUUGUUGGAGGAUCUUUUAAGUGUAGAGAUUUACUUCGUCAUCACCAAGCCGAAAAUUUGAAGCAAUUACUUGAGUCCGGUGAUGCUCAUACCGGACAAGGAUUACAUCAAGAAUGUGGUCUUCAAAGACCGGGUGAUACUCGUUGGGGAUCACAUUUCAAAAUAUUGGAUAACUUUCUUGUUAUUUUCUCAUCUAUUGUUCAUGUGCUGGAAGUGAUUGAAAUUGAAGGUUCUACUUCAAGUGAUAGAAAUCAAGCGGAAUAUCUUUUGACAAAGAUUGAAUCCUGUCAAUUCUUUCUCCUUCUUGGGAUUGGUAGAUUGAAUCCUGUCAAUUCAUUCUCUAACUUUGACAAAGGUAGAAUCAUGACUUUAGCAAAGUAUUAUCCAAGUGAGUUUGAUGAUGGAAAGCUUCGAGAUUUGAGUUACCAACUUGAUACCUUCAUAAUUCAUAUGCGAGGUGGUAAUUCCAAAUUCUCCAACUUGCAAAGAAUUCGUGAUUUGGCAAAGGCAUUAGUUGAGGCAAAUCUUGUAGAGACUAAUUCACUUGUUUAUUUACUUGUGAAGUUGACUUUGAUUUUACCCGUCGCUACGGAAACUGUUGAGAGAGCAUUCUCUUCCAUGAAGCACAAUAUGAAAACUCGUCGUGGACAAUUGUAA